AUGGACCUUCCAGUGGAUAUCGCAAUUAAUGACAGCUUUUUGGAAAACUUUGACCCUGAAACUGCAAAUUCCAGCGCACAGGUUUUAAAACAUUUUUGUACUAGUCCGGAUAAGAAGAAGGAUAGUGAUCUAAGACAAUACAGUCGACAGCAAUUUAGAAGAAAACCCGAAUGCUCAUACUAUGAUGAUGACUUUAGAUCUAAGAUAGCCGUUAUAGCAGCAGUAACCAAUCCUAGAUUUAAAAUGAGAUGGUCGAGCGCCUUCAAAGAUACUGAUGUUCAAGUAACCGCAAAAGAUACUCAAUCUUGGAUAUCGAGUAUUGCUUUGGCCUUUAAAGUAUCAGUUGAGCCCGACUUGACAGCCCAAGAAGACCUUGAAGACGUGUUUUUUUGA